GACGAUUUUAGGGACGUACCCAUUGAGGAAGUUGGUCGCAUUCAGCGCGUUUUGGUUGUGUACAUGCGUAACGAACCAUUCAACGGCGCCUCACUUAUGCUGUGAAACAAAGAAAGUCGCCCUUGUAGCUGCUCGAGGAGGCCGCCAUGGAGAAGGAAACCCCCGCGAAGAAGGCUGCAGCUCCGUCUGUGUCCCAGAUUAAUGCAGAAUAUGUCACACAGUUGGCUAAUAAAUAUUGGGCUCCUCAUGUGAAGAACAAACUACCAUUUGAUCCCAAGGUGAUGGAGGAUGUUUACGAAAAAGAGAUCCUCAAGUCCAAGUUUGCCAUCAGGAAAAUUAUGCUGCUUGAGUUCAGCCAGUACCUUGAGAACUACCUGUGGGUGAACUACACUCCUGAGGUGUCCAGCAAUGCCUACCUCAUGUCCAUUGGUUGCAUUGUCAAUGAGAAGUUCAGAGAGAAUGUCCCAGCUUGGGAGGUGUUCAAGAAGGAGCCCAGCCACUUUCCUUUCUUCUUCAAAUGCGUGAUGGAAGCUGUAUUGGCAGGUGAGAAGGCUGGCCUCACUCUGAAGGAACAAACCGUGCUGCUGGUCUUUCUGGACCACUGCUUCAACAGUCUGGAGGUAGAUUUGAUCAGAGAACAGGUGCAGCAGCUCAUCUCUCUGCCCAUGUGGAUGUGCAUCUUACCAUCCCGACUCCAACACGAGCUGAAGAAAGUUCCAAAGCUGCAGAAGUUCUGGAAUCUAAUAAAGAAGAAAUUUGAUAAUAUGGAUGCUGACGCAGCUGAGCAGGCACAAAAAGAGAGGACCUUCCUCUCAGCUCUCAUUAAAAAAUUUCUUGGAGUUCUCGUUUCGAUUCCACCAUCAGAGACCGUGUCCAUGGACAAAGUACAUUAUUGUGAGCGAUUCAUUGAACUUAUGAUUGAUUUAGAGGCCCUGCUGCCCACCAGGCGUUGGUUCAACACUGUGUUGGAUGACUCUCACUUGGUGGUCAGCUGCCACCUGUCCAGCCUCACCCAGAGGGAGAAGGAGGGACACCUCUUCUGCCAGUUGUUGGACAUGCUGAAGUUCUACACGGGCUUUGAGAUCAAUGACCAGACGGGAAAUGCUCUGACGCAGAAAGAGAUGACUACGCUGCACUAUGACAGAAUCACCUCCCUGCAGAGGGCAGCCUUUGCUCAUUUCCCAGAGUUGCACGACUUUGCUCUUGCGAAUGUAGCAGCAGUAGACACUCGGGAAUCCUUGACCAAACACUUUGGGCAUCUCAGUCCCAAUAUGCUCCACCAGGUGGCCUCGUACCUGUGUCUCCUGCCAGAGCUGCCUGAAGGACAAAACACCACCUAUGAGAAGGAGGUUCUCCUUGAGCUGUUGGUAUCACGUCAUGAGCGCAGAAUCUCUCAGAUUGAGCAACUCAACCAGAUGCCCCUUUAUCCAACGGAGAAGAUAAUCUGGGAUGAGAACAUUGUCCCGACAGAGUACUACUCGGGUGAAGGCUGCCUGGCACUGCCCAAGCUGAACCUCCAGUUCCUGACGCUCCACGACUACCUGUUGAGGAACUUUAACCUUUUUCGUCUCGAGUCCACCUACGAGAUCAGACAGGACAUAGAAGAUGUGGUCUGGCGUAUGAAACCAUGGCAGUCAGAGUACGGUGGUGCGGUGUUUGGGGGCUGGGCCAGGAUGGCUCAGACAAUCACCGCCUUUUCCAUAGUCGAGGUUGCCAAGCCCAACAUUGGAGAGAGCUGGCCCGCCCGUGUCCGAGCCGAUGUCACCAUUAACCUCAAUGUGCAAAACCACAUCAAGCAUGAGUGGGAAGGUCUGCGGAAGCAUGACGUUUGCUUUCUGAUCACGGUGCGACCCAACCUGCCCUAUGGCACACGUUUCGACCGUCGCCAACCCUUUGUGGAGCAGACUGGCCUGGUGUAUGUGAGAGGCUGCGAGGUGCAGGGCAUGCUGGACGACAAGGGACGCGUCAUCGAGGAAGGGCCUGAGCCAAAGCCUAAGCUGCGAGGAGACGCCAGAACGUUCCGUGUUUGGCUGGAUUCGAACCAGUAUCAACAGGACAUGACCGGUAGUAUUCAGAGUGGCACUGAGGACCCGUACGAGACUUUCAACAUCAUCAUGAGACGCAAACCCAAGGAGAACAAUUUCAAGGCAGUGCUCGAGACCAUCAGACACCUGAUGAACACAGAGUGCGUUGUCCCAGACUGGCUUCACGACAUUAUCCUUGGCUAUGGAGACCCAGGCAGUGCCCACUAUUCAAAAAUGCCCAAUCAGAUCUCUGCUUUGGACUUCAAUGACACAUUUCUGUCUUUGGACCAUUUACGUUCGUGUUUCCCUGGCAACACCAUAAAAGUCACUGAGGAGAAUCCUGACCUGCAGGUCCCCCCUUUCAGAAUAAAGUUUCCCAUCUCAAACAAAACAGAAAAAGGGAAGAAGAGAAAGGCAGAGGAACCUGUGGAAGACCAAGUGGAAGACACGACCUUGGUCGUUGAGCCCUAUGUCACUCCCAACCGCGGGCCGUAUCCCUACAACCAGCCUAAACGGAACACAAUUCAGUUCACUCCUACUCAGAUUGAAGCCAUUCGAGCUGGGAUGCAGCCAGGACUCACCAUGGUUGUAGGACCACCAGGUACUGGAAAGACAGAUGUUGCCGUUCAGAUCAUCUCAAACCUCUAUCACAACUUUCCUGAGCAGAGGACCCUCAUAGUCACACAUUCAAACCAGGCUCUGAACCAGCUGUUUGAAAAGAUCAUGGCUCUAGACAUCGAUGAGCGUCACCUCCUGCGUCUUGGCCACGGAGAGGAGGAGCUGGAGACUGAGAAAGACUUCAGCAGAUAUGGCAGAGUAAACUAUGUCCUAGCCAGAAGGCUGGAGCUCCUUGGAGAGGUGGGGAGGUUACAGGAGAGUUUGGAUGUCCCGGGAGAUGUUUCUUACACCUGUGAAACAGCUGGACACUUCUACCUCUACCAGGUGAUAUCUCGCUGGGAACAGUACAUGAGCAAAGUCCGGCCUAAACAGGGCAAGAACGUGGAGGUGGAGGUCGUGGCUGCAUGCUUUCCCUUCCACAAGUACUUCUCCAAUGCCCCCCAGCCUGUGUUCAAGGGCCGGUCGUAUGAAGAGGACAUGGACAUCGCAGAGGGCUGCUACCGCCACAUCAAGAAAAUAUUUACCCAGCUGGAAGAGUUUAGGGCCUUUGAGCUGCUGAGGAGUGGACUGGACCGCUCCAAGUAUCUGCUGGUGAAGGAAGCCAAAAUCAUCGCCAUGACCUGCACACAUGCUGCACUCAAACGUCAUGACCUGGUGGAGCUGGGAUUUAAGUAUGACAACAUCCUGAUGGAAGAAGCUGCCCAGAUUCUGGAGAUCGAGACCUUCAUCCCUCUUUUGUUACAGAACCCAGAGGAUGGCUACAGCAGGCUGAAGCGUUGGAUCAUGAUUGGAGACCACCACCAGUUGCCCCCUGUUAUCAAGAACAUGGCCUUCCAGAAGUACUCCAACAUGGAACAGUCUCUCUUCACCAGAUUUGUGCGCCUGGGAGUGCCCACCAUAGAUCUGGACGCACAGGGCCGUGCACGUGCGAGCCUGUGUAAUCUGUACAACUGGCGCUACAAACACCUGGGGAACCUACCUCAUGUCCAGCAACUGCCUGAGUUCCAGGUGCCCAACCCUGGGAUAACCUUUGACUUCCAGCUAAUUAAUGUGGAGGACUUCAAUGGGGUGGGGGAAUCUGAGCCCAACCCUUACUUCUACCAGAACCUGGGGGAGGCAGAGUAUACUGUGGCUCUGUACAUGUACAUGCGUCUCCUGGGCUACCCGGCUGACCGCAUCAGCAUCCUCACCACCUACAAUGGGCAGAAACACCUGAUCAGAGAUGUCAUCAACCAACGCUGUGCUGGCAACCCCUUCUUCGCACAGCCUAACAAGGUGACAACAGUGGACAGGUUCCAGGGUCAGCAAAAUGACUACAUCAUCCUCUCACUGGUCCGCACCAAAGCUGUGGGACAUCUGAGGGAUGUGAGGCGUCUGGUGGUUGCCAUGUCAAGAGCCAGACUGGGUCUGUACAUCUUUGCCCGUGUGUCACUGUUCCAGAACUGCUUCGAGCUGACUCCCGCCUUCAACCAGCUCACUGCCAGACCUCUGCAGCUGCACAUCCGACCACACGAGUACUACAGCCAGGAACAGCCUAGAGAUGCCUCUGGACAGGCAGACCAAAUUGUCAAGAACAUGCCGGAGAUGGCCAACCUGGUGUAUAAUAUGUACAUGCACAUGAUGCAGACCUCCCAGAAGUACAGACAGCAGCAACAGCAGACGAUGGCUCUGCCCCCACAGCAAACCAAGAAGGACACUGUGGUCGAGGAAGCACCAGCCAGCUCCGGGGAGCCGCAGGAAGAAACCCCCAUGGAGCAGGAAACCCCAGAAGGAGAGGCAAGCUCUGAGCCAAACUCCGAGGACACCAGUGAGAAGGAAGAAAAUCCAGACGCAGUGGGCCAUGCAAAGAUGCCAGAGCAUCCGGGAAGAGACAGCGACAGCGACGGAGAGAACAGCGGGGAAGAGAAGGAGCAAUAGAGAAUCAUCGGAUGGGACCACUGUCUGAUGAAAGGGGCCUCAGUUGUUGAGGGGGACCAGGGACUGUCCCUUAAAAAAAGGAUUAGUGUGCGAGUCAGUGAUUCUGGAUUUCUUUUUUUUUUUUUAAGUGAAAGAAUCCUGAAUAUAAUGCUUCAUUUUCCAGAACAUUGGAUUUUUGUAACCUUAAGUACUUUUGUAUUAAAAAAAAAAAGGAAACCCUUUAUUGUCUGUGACAUGUUUAAGUACACGUGCCCCCACCAGCGCUUAUACUACUCUAAUCUAUAGACCUCUCUCGCUAACACACGCACACACUGACAAACACAGUAUAUAUAGUCAACAUGUUUAAGCCUUGUCAAAAUCUCCGUCAUGAUACUUCUAUCCAUUCAUCUGUUUCCCUCCUCUGCUUUGAGCACAAGUCAAAUCUGAUUGGCUCAGCCUAUACCAGCUAGACAAGCUGCGGCUAAGCUGCAAUUGUAGGUCAGUUACUUUACCCUGGGGCCCGUGUGCAUGCAGGGGGAUUUCAACUUGCCCUCUGGAUGUACACGGUCACUCAACCAGCAAGCGCUAAAACCCCCUGCCAUUCAUGAUUUUGCGUGAAGUAUAAACCGCACAGUCGUCUGCACAACAGCUCAUAUCGGCCUGGAUGAAGCGGGUUGAGUUUCGACGACUAGAUCUCAAUAAAACAGCCAUUCGAAAGUUCCAACGAGGACUGGGACUAGGUCAUUUAAAUAUAAAUCCACUUUUUGGUUUAAAUUGGAGAGGUUAACGCAGUCCACAGCCCCCGGGCGAAAAACACAGACUGGAAAUUCAUUCAUUUUCAUGCACCAAAGGUUGAUUGUUACAUCAUACCUCAGGCAAGCUGAGCGAACAGGUCAGCUGCACAGCUGCUCUCGCCCGGGCCAGUCUGAAGACCUGAUGGAGAAGCAUGUGUUGAUGGAUGCGGAGAGACAAAUUUUCUGCAAUCGGUCGAGUGUGGAGCCAUGUAAUCUCUCUUUUCUGUUUACUUCUGUUUCUUUCUUUCUUUUUCCAUCUUCCGAGAGCAAGGCACUCCGGGUCGAGGCUCACGCGAGUAUUUUGGAGUGGUGUGUGUUUCAGUUGGCUGAGGCGAGGAUUAGGACGAGAGGUUAGAUAAGGGGAGAUUAUCUUUGUCAGCUGAGGCCUCACAUAUGAAUUGCAAACAAAAGUUUUAGCAGACUGUGACCAGUGUACUGUAUCACAUGAUGCUUAUGCUUUUUACUGUUCGAAAUAACACUACCACGAAAAACUUAUAUAUCUAGAUAUAAAACAUGGUUUUCUGACGUAUUGUAUCACAUCACCAAAUAAUCCUCUAAAAAAAAAACCAUGACACCAGGCAUACUUCACCAGAGUCACAUGAGUGUUUGCAUUGUGUAAUAUCCUCCCUCCGCCGAGCCUCCCAGCCACUAACUUUUUACAUUUUUCUCCCCGCUGGCCUCUCGAGAAUUCAGCUGCCAGUGGUACCUUGUUGUGGCAAAUUAGAGCUAACUGGUGGGAAGUGGCUACUGAUCUCUCUCUCUCUCUCUCUCUCUCUCUCACACACACAGCGUCUCUGGGAGCCUCGCACAGGAUCUGGGACUCUGGAAGAAAUAGCGACAAACGAGAAGGAGAUCGGGAGCUGCCUCACUCCAGAGCCUUUUCUCUGCUGAAGGUGAACAUGACUUUUAUACACACACGACAGUCUAGGAUGGCCACUUGUGGGUCCUGUUUCUGGUGCAUUGUCUGGCUCGUGGUUCUGCUGUGCAUCGGCUGGCCCCUCGGCAUCGCCCUAGGUGGUCUCUAUGGCCUCUUCAGCCCCCUCACCACCUGCCUCGGCCUGGACCGACUCUCCGAUGUGCUCCUGGAGGGAGCCAACCUGGGCCGAACCUGUGCCAAUAACAUGAGGCACAGCAAGCCCUUGUGUUGAGGCCUGGCUCGAUUGGUGCUUUUUCUACGGAGGAAAUCCUUCACGUGGGGGAGAACUGUUCUCAUCUGGUUAUUGUGGAGACGUCCUGAGAUGAUCUGCACUCAGCACAGUGAGAUGUUUUAUAGCAAUUUAUGUGUCAAAAAAGGUCCAGAGGGUCUGGAAAACGGAUUCCUCUUUGCUCUGUUAACAUGUCAUUAGCCACGGAUUUCAAAUUUGUAUGGGUUUGUCGGGAAGGGAAAUAGGCUUUGUGUUCAUCGCAUGAGUUUGCGGUUGCUUUCAUGAUGACCCUGCAUGGAGAAGAUAAGAAAGAAAAUGGCAAUUUAACAAUGGAAAUGCUUAGACUUGUAAAUGACUGUUUGGAAACUUAUAAUGCGAUUAAAACUGCUUUGAACUCA